AUGCGCAAGAAUAGAAUGGAUUUCUGGAAUCUGGCUAUCAGAAUAAUUUUCUUAUCACAAACUACAAUUGGACUUCUGGGAAAUUUCUCCCUUAUUUUCUACUAUGUAGCCCUUUACUACGAACAAUGCACACUAAAGCCCACAGAUUUGAUUCUUAUGCACUUAAUGGGGGUCAAUGCCUUGAUCAUUCUCUCUUCAGGAAUUCCUCAAACAAUGGCAGCUUUUGGGUUGAAGCAGUUCUUGAAUGAUUUUCUCUGCAAGCUCCUUCUAUAUUUUCAAGGAUUUUUCAGGAAUUUGUCCAUUGGCACCAUUUGCCUUUUAAGUGUGUUCCAGGCCAUGACAAUCAGUCCCAGGGAAUCCUGCUGGAAGAAUCAUAAUGCUAAAGCUAAAACGUAUAUUGGCUGCUCCAUUUCUUUUCUCUGGAUCUUAUAUGUGUCAAUAAAUUUGACUUUCUCUGUACAUACAUUUAUCAAUAGGGAUGGCAAAAAUGCAACAAGAAAACGAGAUUUUGGAUACUGCUCUAUUGUUGGACGUAAUGAAAUCAGUGACUUACUCUAUACAGCAUUGGUGGUAUGCCCAGAAAUCUUUUUUUCUGUGCUUGUUGCCUGGUCCAGCAUGUCUAUGAUUAUCAUUCUGUACAGACACAAGCUGAGGGUUCAACACAUCCGCAGCACUCACAGUUCCAGCAGAACCUCCCCUGACUCCAGGGCCACCCAGAACAUUCUGCUCCUAGUUUCCACCUUUCUGGUUUUUUAUACUCUCUCCUCCAUCUUUCGAGGCUGCAUUGCUCUUUUGAAUAAUCAAAACUGGUGGCUGAUGAAUAUCACUCCCCUCACUUCUUUGUCUUUUCCAGCCUUUGGACCCUUUGUCCUUAGGAAUCCCUUUUUGACUUUGUCAAGGCUUAUAUGGUCUAAAUCAGGAACCAAAAUGAUUUAG